GUGGAUGCAACCAACAAAACCAAGAAAAAGAAAGCAGGAGGAGAUAGUGGAUACUGGAUAGGGGAUAGGGAAACAUGGCAAGGUUGGUGGUGGUGCUGCAGCAGAGACACCCUUCUCUCUCUCCUCUCCCCUCUUCUCUCUCUCACUUCAAUGGCACCAGACUUCACACUCCUCAACUCCAGUACAGGAGAAAGGUUUCACAGCCAAAAGGAACAUUACAUGUUGCAGCAUCAAAUGCAAAGGAAAUUUGUAAAAUGGAUGGCAGACUGAAGACACCGAUUUCCGAGCACUUUCGAGGCGAAUCAGACAGGGAUUCUGUUGAGAUUUCUUCAAAGACUAAAGAUUUUGCAGUUCCUAGGAGAAAUGCAAUGGCCUUAAUCUUGUCAGCUUACAUCUUCGCCGGAGACAGUUUCCGGAGUGCUGCAUUUGCUCAGCAGUCUCUUGUAGGGUUAAGAGAAUACAUAGAUACUUUUGAUGGAUAUUCGUUCAAGUACCCUAAGAACUGGAUCCAAGUGAAAGGUGCCGGAGCAGACAUAUUCUUCAGAGACCCUUACAUUCUCGAUGAAAAUAUCUCCGUCGAGUUUUCAUCUCCAUCAUCUUCCAACUACAAGAGCAUCAAAGAUCUUGGCCCGCCUCAACUAGCCGGAAAGAAAGUGCUUAAGCAGUACCUGACGGAGUUCAUGUCUACCAGACUUGGCGUGAGGCGUGAAUCGAAAAUCCUUUCCACUUCUUCAAGAGUUGCUGAUGAUGGGAAGCUUUAUUAUCAAAUUGAGGUGAACAUAAAAUCAUAUGCAAACAAUAACGAGCUGGCUGUUAUGCCGAAGGAUCGAUUAGUUCGUUUGGAAUGGGACAGGCGGUACCUUUCGGUUCUAGGAGUCGAAAACAACCAGUUAUACGAGUUGAGAUUACAGACACCGGAAAAUGUGUUUGUGGAAGAAGAAAGUGAUCUUCGCCGGGUUAUGGAGUCCUUCAGAGUGAACAAGCUUGCUGUUUAGGUACCGUAAGAUUGUACAAAAUUUUGUCAUCCAAGGUUCUUAUUCCUUUGCUUCAAAUGCCAAUUGCAGUCUAGUUCUGUAAAACACUGUAAUUUUCAUUUCUUCAGUAACAGAAAAACCGUUACAAAUCCA